AUGGAGAACAGACUCCCAGGUGUGGAAUACGCAGAUCGUGCCUGCAAUGCCUGCAGACAGCGUCGCGUCAAGUGUGACAAGAGGCUACCCGCAUGUCUGCGGUGUGAGAAGCUUGGAAGGCCCUGUACCGGCUAUGACCUGGAGCGAAAGUUCCUCGAUGAAGGAGUCAAGGUCCGAAGAAAGUACGAUGGGAACUUCCAAUCCCCGGACUUUGCUAGGGCGGUAGUAGCCUCUCCGCCCAGUGUCGGUGCGGCUGCCGGUAUAGGUGCCGUGCAUGGACAGAGAAUCAAUCUCCCUCCGAUACAAGGAGAUUUCAAAUUCAACCCAAGCCUUCCGGCCAUCCCCCAAAUAAUAUCACCACCGACCUCUUCUGCACAUCAUCUGCCAAGCAUACAAGCAGGCCCGGAGGAUAGCGGGACUUCAGCCUCUAACAUACAGUUCCCUGCCUUUGGGGUGCUCAAUGAGCAGAGCCCCAGCUCUAAACCAUUUCCAGGCACGCCUCCUCAACCUCAGGCCAGUCUGUCACCACGAUUGACAGCUCCGACCAACUUUCAAUAUGCACCACCACCUCCUCAACCGCCACAAGAAUAUGCCCACAACGUACAUCAGGAACAGACCACGGCCAAGUUGCUACAUGGGAAGCCAGAGUAUGCUCCGUCCGACUUGGACUCUUCCGUGAGCGUCGACGAAGACUAUUUCGAUCUCGACAUCGAAACCUAUUAUUCCAAAGGAAAUAAUGCCUGUGGUUUCAUCCCGGGUCUGCCGGUGAUCCUCACGGACGCCAAUCCGCCUGAAACAGACGACGACUUUCUGACGAGUGACUUUGGUUCCGUCAGUGGAAGGUCUUCCGUUUACGACGGCAUUGAGGGGAACCGGGCCAGCCGCUCGGAGUACAGCCAAAAAUACUUGCACGAAAAGACGACGGAGCUGGCCUGCUUGACACGGCAUUUUGUGCAAUCGGUCUCACCAUCCAUGGACCUUUUCGAUCUCGAUACAUACUUCAGUCGGAUAGUGCCGCUGAAGGCUGUUCAGAAUGUCAUGCUGCGAUCCGCGAUGGCUGCGGUAGCAGCAAAUCAGAUCGGUCAGAUGAUGGCCAAUCACUCGCCGUUGGAAGACCUGCAGCACCUCCUACCCUUUGUCGGAGAAGGUGGUACACUGCAACAUACUGACUGGUUCUACAAGGCUGCGAACUACUACGAUCGCGGCAUAUCAUACUUGAGAAUCUUUCUCCAACGCUGGCUCAGCGAUACAAGUAACGAAGGGCUGACGGGGCACGCGUCGAGGUAUAACUCGGGCAGACAUCUAUCUGAAGGUAGCAAUAGCGGCGCCCUCAGCGCUACUCCCAACAAGCGACGGCGCAUAAGCCGGGGACAACCCUCGGAUGGUGCGGACAUGGAGGCUUUAGUUGCUGCAAUAUCCGUUUUUUCUCUGUAUGAGUCGUUGGAUAAUUUUGCAGACGACUGGUCACAACAUCUUGAUGGGUUCAAGGCGCUCCUGGAGAGUAAGAUCCUGCCACAGGCAGUGCAGUCUGUGCCUCGUCCCCGCGCCGACCCUUUUAUAUCUAUGAAGGCCGGCCGAGCCGCGUUCUGGAAUUUCGCUCGUGCCGACUACCUGGCAGCUUACGUCAACCACUCGAAGACUCGACUUGAUCCCGAUAAUUUGACCAUGUGGAAAGCUGCAGGUCUGCCCGUCAUGGAUGAUGGCACCCUAAAUUACAAUGAUCCCUCGACUCCAAUCAAUGCGAUUGUGUCAUACCAACCGGGCGACCGAGAGGAUUUGGUGUCGUGCACUCUGAUAUGGAUCGUUCUCCGGACGAUGAACUUCAUCGCGCCACAAGACGAUAUGCCAGGCGGUACGACGGGCACGCCACGACCUUUCGACAGUCCCGCCGCUGCAGCGCUCGGCAGGCCUAGUUCAGAGCCGGGGACGCCAAGCGGCAUCCAGCCCCGGGUGGCUCGGUGGCGCCAGCUACGCCGACAGCUGGAAGAUUGGUACGACAACUUGCCCUUCACCUUUCAACCGUACGCGAUCGCGGCGGCAGGGGCACAACACCCCUCGGAUCUUCUGCCAGAUGGGAGACCGCGGUUUGCGAGAUUGUUUUUCAGCGUCCCGAUGUGUGCGGCUGCUCUUCAACUCUACCACUUUGCCCAAAUCCUCCUCCUUCUGAACCAACCCGUGGACGAACACGACGCGAGACAUCCCGCAAACCGACUUCGGAUGUUCCGACAAGUAGCCGAAGAAUCAGAGCAUCACAGCCGUCAGAUCUGCGGCAUCGCCCUGGGCAAGCCACCCCCGGCUGUCAGCAGACAGAUGGUGCACUCGCUCUACCUGGCUGGAUCCUGCUUUGAGGAGAAGGAAGAUCGGGCCGUCGUGCUGGAAUUGCUGGCAAACAUCGCCAAGGAGGCCGGCAGUCCGACGGCUCCUCGGAUCAGGGAGCUGAAGGAGCAAUGGGGCUGGCAGGACGAGCCCAAGGUGCGAGAGAUAUCAUGA